AUGCCAGGCAAAGAACGGAAAUUUAAGCUCAAAAAGCCAGAUAGAUCUGGCCCUGAUCCAUCCAUCGAGACUCUUCUCGACAUCGCAGAAAAACGAAAUUUGAGUGAAGCUCAACGACAGCGUCAAGCAGAAUUAGAUGGAGAAGAUGAGGAGAUCUUAAUAGGAAGACUAGGGGAUUCCGUUCUAUGGACGAUCAGUCUUACGAUGUUACAUUUCACUCUAGAUGUAUUGGUUACACAUCAAUAUGCCGAAGAAAUCGUCUGGAAGGGUGUCGUUUCUAGGACCCUCCAAGCAUGUCCUGUCAUCUGGCUUCUCUUUUAUGCCUUCCAUCCACAUCCCGAACCGUCGAAUUUAUUACCUCAAAUACCUGCCAAGGCGCAUCCUUAUGUACACGAAAUCUUUUUCUCCGCUGCUAGUAUAAUAGCUGGAUGUUAUCUUAUACACAUUACAAAUGAAUAUGGUCAUUUUGCCACAAUGAAACAGGCUCCACCAGUAGGGACUAUCUGGAUUUGGGCGGUGAUUGAGUUGAACAUUUUAUGGGCAGUACCUAGUGUUGCAUUUUGCGCUAUAUAUCUGAAGGUCAAGGGGUAUGCAUUCCUUUAG